GUGUAGGGCUUAGCAUAAGCCUGGAGCAGUCUAAGGGUUAAGGCUGUAGGAGAGUGGGAUAGAAGAGAGAGGGCUGUGUCAGGGUGCAACAUUGUUGCUAUUCAGGGUAGGCCCCUCCUUACCUGUAGAAAAGCUGAAUCUUCCCUGGCAACUUCCUCUUCUUCUCUGGAUCCUGACUGAAGCAGUUUUGUCCUCAUUAGUGCAGACAUGAAUCGUCCCAGGCGUUCUACUUUGCCUCCCAGACGUUUUCAGACUGACCAAGCACCAUCUGGAUCUGCAAAUGUGACCAGACAGUUAAGUGUUCAAUCUGAUAGUUUGGAUGAUUUGGUUAUUAUCCCCCCAACUCAGUUUUCUAAUGUUGUUACUGCUCAGAUUCAUAAUAUAGAAGAGCUGGAGUCAGUUAAUGAUCAGUUAGAGCAAGUAAAUCCCCCACAACAGCAAAUAAACUUGCCUUUUGACAAUAUUGCAGCUAGCCACAUGGCUUCAUUUAUCAGUGCUGUUCCUCCCUCAGCAGUGUCUGCAGUAUCAGGUUUAUUACAGAAUAUUAUUGCAGCAAUGGCUGCUUCUCAGCCCAUUCCACAAGAGCCGGUUACAACUAAUUUUAAUCCUACUACCAUACCGGUUUUGAAUAACCCUCAAGGAACACCUAGGUCCCAAUCUGCAAUAUUGCAGACACCACAGACACCACAUCUUACCACCACACAACCUGUUAUUUCAGGAGUCUUAACUCCUUGUAGGCCCACAGUUGCUAAAAAACAAAACAAACCACAGCCUCAAUCCAUUAUUCAGACACCUGCGGCCUCUGGCGGUACUCUGCCCGGACGGGACAGAGCUAGACCAACCGUCGCUUCUACCGCCACACCACUCACUAAUCCGCGGACACCUUCGGGGACCGCAGGGCCUCCGGUGACAUUACUGGAGCCUUGCGGCCUUGCUGAACCCCGACCGCGUGGUGCGCGGCCUAUCCCCAGGGCAGACGACAUGUUAGUGAUGUCACCGGAAGUGCCCAUCGGCACUUCCGGUUUGGCGAAACCCCACGCGGUCGCAGGGACAUCGGCUCACGGUGCUACACAAGAUGCAGGUGAGCACCGAGAGUCGUCCUUGGCCGUGGAUGGGGUAUUAAUAGGAGGGCAAAGGGGCAAUAAGGGCGCUAGCAUGCAGCGCAAGCAGGCGGUAAAAAAGGCCCAAUAUUAUCAAUUGCCGCAAAGGGGCCGCUCACAGUUUAGAGGCAAUGCAAGGCAGACAGGCAUUAGAAGGGGAAGGGGUGCUCGCACUAUUAACCCUAUUAGGGCAAUGAGGCCUUUAGAAUUUGCUCAUGGGUUUCAUAUAAGGAAUGUAGUUGCAGCGCAAACACACGAUCAGCAGGAUUAUUCCAGUAACAUUAUAAGUGAUGCAGGUAGCGCAAUUUCAACAGCGCAGCAGCAAGAGGUGUUACUCAUUAACCCUCAAAGUGCUGAUUGUGGCGCAGCUCAGACAGCUGCGCAGCUAGCUGGUUUCAUUAACCCCCAAAGGUAUGAAUGUGGCUUGCGUGAUGGUGAUGUCUGUCAGACGGCUGCACAGCCAACAGAAUUAGUUAUUAACACUUUAAGGUCUGAAAGUGGUUUACAUGUGGCUGAAACUCAUAAAUCAUCCUCCAUGGUGGCGAAUGCAGGCUUGCAAGGGGUGAAUGUGCAGACAGUAGGUCAGAUACAGACAGGAGGUCAUGGUCAUCUCACUGCUAUGACUGCUGCAGCAGGUAAUGCAUUAGUAUCAAAUUUAGGCCAGAAUGCUAAUGUUAGGGCACAAAACAAUGCUACUACUAUUGUAUCUAAUCCAGCACAGGAUGCUAUUUGUAUGGCCCAACUUCCUGCUAUUGAUAACCCACACACACAAGAACAAAGUGCUCGCGAAUUAUUGUCUCUCUUGCAGGGAGUUCUUCACUCAAAGGAGCCAACAAAGGUCCAGCAACCAACUGCUGCUGUAAUUAACCCAGUGGACGCAGGAGCAGCUGCGACCACUUCAAAUGGACAGCAGGGCUCAGCCAACGCCAUCGCUAUUCCCAGUCAGCAGCCAGAACAAGUCACUAGCAACACCGGACAAGGACUGUCUGCUAAUUCAAACGGCACUGUCCCAGGAGUGAAGAGAAUUUGGAUUGUGGGACACUCCUUCGUUCACUGGGCCUCACUUCGCUGUGCAUCCCUCCCAAUUGGCCAAUCCCUAGGUUUUCCCUCCAACAAAGUAUCCAUUAGAUGGUUAGGGGACAGGGGGAUGUGUUGGCCACAAUUAGCUGGAACAUUAUCAGAGGCCCUAGUACAUUGGGGUAAGCCUCAUAUCCUGAUCCUUCACCUGGGGGGUAAUGAUGUGGGGGCCAUGCCAGUUCUCCAGUUAAUAAAAGUUAUACAGGCAGACAUAAGUUGUUUGAGAGUGCGCAUUCCAGGAGUCAUGAUAGGAUGGUCCAAUAUAGUCCCCCGCCUCCACUGGAGGCAUAUGUCUGCCCAUACGGCGGCAUAUCGGAUUAGAAAAAGAUCAAUGCAUCAUUGGCAAAAACCGUCACAGGUUCAGGUGGCUUCGUGGUACGGCACGAAGCCAUUUCGGCUGAUAGAACUGAACUUUACAGAAGGGAUAAAGUUCAUCUCUCUGAUGUGGGUUUAGAUUUAUUCAUAGGAGAUAUCCAAAGAGCAAUUUCACCCCUCCUCUAAGUCGGGCUGUGGGUGGUGGCGGCAAGGGACCAUUAAAAUGCUUCCUUGUGGCGGGGAGAUCCCGGUCCUGUUGCGUAGGAGAAGGUCGCUAGGGGUGAGUGAUGACCACAUUUUGGGGAGGAGGGUAGGCCUCACGUGCACGUGACGGUAACCCUCCUUCCUCCCUCUUGAGGGAUGGUCACGUGAUCUCUGCAACCCCUCAGCGUCAUCUCCUUAGGGCAGAGACCCCUCUGCUGCUGUUCCCGUUGGGCCGGGAAUCUCCUUGCUGUACUGGGUUAGUUGGUCUCUAUGCCGCCAUAUUCAGUUCUAUUGGUUCUACUAGUUGAUUUAGGUUAAUAAAAUUUCUGACCUGUGACGGUCAAAAAUUUCUCCCAUACAAAGUUGUCUGUCGUUAUUCGCACUACAUGCACAUGUAAAUAGUUAUUUAAGUUAAGUUAUGGUUAAGAUUCUCCCUCCUCAGCUGGGAAGGAUCCGGUAAGCGUUUAAUCCCUUAAUGCAGUGUAGGGCUUAGCAUAAGCCUGGAGCAGUCUAAGGGUUAAGGCUGUAGGAGAGUGGGAUAGAAGAGAGAGGGCUGUGUCAGGGUGCAACAUUGUUGCUAUUCAGGGUAGGCCCCUCCUUACCUGUAGAAAAGCUGAAUCUUCCCUGGCAACUUCCUCUUCUUCUCUGGAUCCUGACUGAAGCAGUUUUGUCCCGCCCUCCCUCCCCUUUUGUUACUGGUUCUUUGCUAAAUUGACGGCAAUUCAAUGGCAGGGCUAUGGCUACUCACCCUAGGCCCCUAUGCCAUUGCUGUAGUUUAUAGAUCUCCCCUCUCUGUUAUGCGGUUCAUUUCGGCUUGGUAACAGAGAGAUCCUUAUAUCAGGUGGAAGAUCUUUGUGCACCCCGGCGGCGGGGAGAUCCCGGUCCUGUUGCGUAGGAGAAGGUCGCUAGGGGUGAGUGAUGACCACAUUUUGGGGAGGAGGGUAGGCCUCACGUGCACGUGACGGUAACCCUCCUUCCUCCCUCUUGAGGGAUGGUCACGUGAUCUCUGCAACCCCUCAGCGUCAUCUCCUUAGGGCAGAGACCCCUCUGCUGCUGUUCCCGUUGGGCCGGGAAUCUCCUUGCUGUACUGGGUUAGUUGGUCUCUAUGCCGCCAUAUUCAGUUCUAUUGGUUCUACUAGUUGAUUUAGGUUAAUAAAAUUUCUGACCUGUGACGGUCAAAAAUUUCUCCCAUACAAA